AUGCGAGCGAGUGGCCGCGAAGCUGCCGGCUUCGUAAAGGACCGAGCGGCUGGGCUAGCGGUCGCCGGCAGUCUGGGUUUUGCUGCGGAGCUAGCAGCCAAGCGGCUCACGAACGGCGCGAUCUCUCCGCUCCUGUACGCCACAGCCUUUGGCAUCGUGAUCGGCAACGUGCUGCGCAUCAACGAUCCGGAGCUCAAGUCGCUCUCGAGCACGGCCGUCGGAAUGAAGUUUGCAAAGCAGCGGCUGCUGCGCGCGGGGAUAAUCCUGUACGGCGCAAAGAUAACCUUUGCCAAAAUCCUGGGCAUCGGCCUUCCCGGCCUCCUGACAGAUCUCUACGUCGUCGCCUCCACCCUCACGUUUGGCUUCGCGCUCGGGAGGGCGCUGGGGCUGUCGGAAGCGCUCGUCACGCUCAUCUCGACCGGCUCGGCCAUCUGCGGCUGCUCGGCGGUGGCGGCGACGCAGCCCAUCAUCAACGCGGAGGCGCACGAGGUGGCCGCCGCCGUGGGCGUGGUCGUCCUCUGUGGCACCUCUGCAAUGUUCUCGUACCCGCUCAUGUUCAAGCUGCUGCCCGCGCUGGCCGCCGACCCGCGGCUGAUGGGCAUCUACACCGGCUCGACGGUGCAUGAGCUUGCGGGUGUGGUGGCAGCGGGCAACGCGAUGGGAGCCGAGGUCGCCUCGACAGCGGUGGUCACCAAGCUGCUGCGGGUCUUCCUGCUCGAGCCGUGGAUCAUUGCCCUGUACUACUUGGGCAUUGGCCAGUCCAAGGCCCGCGCCGGCAGCAGCUCCGCCAAGGCCGGCAAGGGCGUGCCGUGGUUUGCAUUCGGCUUUAUCGGCGUCGCCACCGUCAACUCGGUCUGGGGCAUCGCGCCAGCGCUGCAGCGGGCAUUCACCACGCUCUCCGCCUGCUUUCUCGGCUCGGCCAUGGCGGCGCUCGGGCUGGACACCGACCUGGUCAAGGUGAAGUCGCUCGGGUGGAAGCCGAUCGUGCUCGCGCUCGCUCUGUGGGCCAACCUGCUCGGGAUGGGGCUGCUCGUGUCGAGGGCUCUCGUGGGUGGGCUGUAG